AUGGCGCCAAAGAAGACGAAAGAAUAUUCAAAUGACUUACGUGAAGUUGUUAUUAAACACUUCCUGAAUGGCAACAAUGAGCGUGAAAUAGCUCAAAACGCAUUAAUUCCACGUACCUCUGUUCAUUAUAUGAUUCAAAAGUAUAAAUCCACAAAAUGUAUUGGAAAUAUUAUUGGAAGAGGUCGAAAAAGAAAAACUACAAGUCACACUGAUCGCAUUAUACAACGUAAAAUCAAAGUUGAUCGGCGACUAUCGUCAACAUCUAUCAAAGCUCAACUCAAACUGAACUUAAAUUUACAAUUUCUGAAGCAAAAAUUCGUCGGCGUGCUCAUGAAAUCGGUUUAUACGGUCGCGUUGCUCGGAGAAAACCAUAUGUCAACAAGGUUAACCGUGGCAAAAGACUUGAAUAUGCUGAUAACAUAUCGUAAAAAGCCUUUGGGCUUCUGGAAUAGUGUCCUUUGGUCAGAAGAAAGCAAAUUCAACUUAUUCGGUUCAGAUGGGAAGGUAAUGGUUUGGCGAACAACAGCAGAAUAA